CUCGGCCUCAGCACACAGGGUAGCAGGUGCAGUGGACUUGGAGCAGAACACCUCAAAGGAAAGGAAACGACAUGGCUUCUAUCAAGGUGGUGCUGGCUGUGUGCUGUCUGUUGGCGGCUACUUCUGUCCGCGCGGCGCUGCUGCCCUCUGGCAACACGGGCUUCAGCCGAGGCAGCACCACCGGAGGCGGCAACGGCUACGGCGGCGCUGCGCCCCCAGCCGGCGGCUUCGGCGGACCCAGCGGCGGUGACAAUGGCGCUCCGCAGCCGUACAACUUCCAGUACGAGGUUCGCGACCCGGAGAGCGGCAACGACUACAGCCAGCAGGAGAGCAGCGACGGGCAGACGGUGACGGGCCAGUUCCAGGUGCUGCUGCCCGACGGCCGCAACCAGAUCGUGCGCUAUUCGGCCAGCGACGCCACCGGCUUCGUGGCCGACGUGCAGUACGACGGCGGCAGCCCCGGACGAGCCGGCGCUAUAACUCCCACGAGAACGCACGCGACCAUAAUACAACAUGAGGCGUCGCGCGAUGGUAAUCUCCGCUUUCUCCGCGGCGCGCCGCCGUGCUUUCCCGUCUGCAAACACCGGCCGCCGGGUCCGCCCCCGCAGCUGUCGGCGCCUUGUGCAAGACGCGGGCAUCCGGAAGCUGCGGGCACGGGCCGCUUCGUUAACAGAGCUCUGCAGAUUGCCGCGGGCCCGCCGACACCAUUAGACCGGCUUAGCAGGUGCUAA